AUGGAUGAGGUUCGCCAACAAUAUAAGGAGAAGAACAGGACAACGAUGAACUACGUCUUCAGUAUAAUUCUCGGCACGGUUGCCCUAUCCUACGGCUCCGUCCCCAUGUACAAAAUGAUCUGCCAAACCACUGGCUGGGGCGGCCAACCCAUAAAGUCUGCAGCCCACGGCGACGACUCCCGCGACCCCUCCGAACGCCUCCGCCCAGUGGAAGACCACCCACGUAUCCGUAUAACCUUCAAUGGCUCCACAUCAGACGUUCUCCCGUGGAAGUUCGUACCACAGCAGCGUGAAGUUCGUGUUCUACCCGGCGAGACGGCCCUAGCCUUCUACACUGCGACCAAUACGUCGAAAGAGGAUAUCAUUGGCGUGGCUACUUACAGUGUGACUCCCGGCCAAGUGGCACCGUACUUUUCAAAGAUUCAGUGCUUUUGCUUUGAGGAGCAGAGGCUGAAUGCGGGGGAGACGGUGGACAUGCCCGUAUUCUUCUACAUCGAUCCCGAGUUUGCGAGUGACAUCAACAUGAAAGGCAUCGAGACGGUGACAUUGAGUUACACGUUCUUCAAGGCAAAGUACGAUUCAGAAGGGCAUUUGCGUCCGGUGGCGCAAUAG